CCCAUCAAACAGUCAACCUCUCCCUCCUAUUUUGUCUCCAUCCUAAAACCCUAACCUCCAAAACCAUUUCUCAAUCUCACUCUCUUUCUCUCUCUGCAUCCAUGGAUUCAUCAGAAACUCCAGUUGUCAUGUACUUCUUCCCAUUUAUAGGAGGGGGCCACCAAAUCCCAAUGAUAGAUAUAGCAAGAGUCUUCUCCUCCCACGGAGCCAAAGCCACAAUCCUAACCACCACAUCCGCCAACGCCCUGCGCUUCCGAAGCUCCAUCCGCCGAGACCAAAGCCUCAACCUACCGAUCACCAUCCGUGUCCUCAACCUCCCAAACGACGCCGUCUCGCCCGACUCCUCCAUGUCCACAACCCCCUCCACAGACACCUCCGUCCUCCGAGAACCCCUCAAGCUAUUCCUCACCCAAAACCCACCCGACUGCAUCGUCAUCGACGUCUUCCACCGCUGGGCGGCUGAUGUCAUCGACGGGCUUAACAUCAAACGGGUGGUGUUCAAUGGAAACGGAUUCUUCUCUCGCUGCGUCAGCCAGUGUAUUGGCCGAUACGCGCCGCAUGAGCAACUGGGUUCUGAUUCUGAGCCAUUUCUGGUGCCUCAAAUUCCUGAUAGGAUCGAAUUGACGCGGUCUCAGCUGCCCCCUUUUGCAAGAAACAAACCAGGGCUUCCUGACAAAGUUGGAAAAGCAGAGGAGAAGGCUUUUGGGGUUGUGGUGAAUAGUUUCUAUGAAUUGGAGCCAAAAUAUGUGGAGUAUUUCAAGACUGUGUUGGGGAAAAAGGCAUGGCCUGUUGGCCCAGUUUCUCUGUGCAACAGAAACAAUGCCGAUAAGACUGACAGAGGCCAAGCAGCCUCAGUUGAUGGACAGAGCCUCCGAAAUUGUUUGAGCUGGUUGGAUUCUAAAGAACCCAACUCGGUCGUUUACAUAAGUUUCGGCAGCUUGGGUCGGUUGCCGCCCGCCCAGCUCGUUGAGAUCGCUCAUGGGCUCGAGGCCUCGGCCCACAAUUUCAUUUGGGUUGUUGGGAAGAUUUUCAGACGCGCACAGAACGAAGGUCGUGCUGGGGACGAUGAGAAUUGGGUUCCUCAGGGAUUUGAAGAGAGAAUGAUGGAGAUGAAGAGAGGGAUUUUGAUAAGGGGAUGGGCCCCGCAGAUAUUGAUGCUGGAGAAUGGCGCUGUUGGGGGGUUUAUGAGUCACUGUGGCUGGAACUCGACGUUGGAAAGUGUGACUGCUGGGGUCCCCAUGAUGACGUGGCCGCUGUCGGCGGAGCAAUUCUACAAUGAGAAGCUGAUAACUGAUGUGUUGGGGAUUGGAGUCCAGGUUGGGAGCAAAGAGUGGGUGUCGUGGAAUGCGGAGAGGGAGGAGUUGGUGGGGAGAGAAAAGGUGGAGGCGGUGGUAAGUAGGGUGAUGGGUGGCGGUGAGGAGGCGGAGGAGAUGAGGAAGCAAGCGAGAGCGCUUGCGGAGAAGGCUAGGAGAGCCGUCGAAGAAGGUGGUUCCUCGUAUGAAGGGGUGAAUGCUUUGAUUUCAGAGCUCAAAUCAUUGAGAAAGAAUUAG